UGACCCUUCUCGAACAAAUUCCACAACACAAAAUCAAGAACCCAAAUCUCUGUCUUCCUCUUUUGCACACCUGUUCUUCGAACAGUUCCCUCAGUAUAGUCGUCGACUCCGAUUCUCUUUCUCGCUCUAACACACUUCUCUAUCCUAAAUUCGCCGCCCGAUCAUUCACCUUUUGUCAAAUCUUUUCGUCAAUUAACCACCAAAGAAUCUGAUUUUUUUUGGCUUAAAAAGGGAAAAAAUGGCUUCAAGUGCUGAUGGUAGUGGAUUAGCGACGUGGCAGCCGCAGGAGGAGGGGCUUCGGGAGAUCUGUGGGCUUCUAGAGCAGCAGAUGGCUCCCACUUCAGACGAUAAGUCUCUGAUUUGGCAGAAGCUUCAACACUACACUCAGUUCCCUGAUUUCAAUAAUUACCUGGCCUUUAUUUUUGCCCGAGCUGAGGGAAAACCAUUGGAGGUUAGGCAAGCUGCAGGGUUGCUUCUGAAAAAUAACCUUAGAAGCGCAUUUAAAACCAUGCCACCUGCAAACCAACAUUAUAUAAAAUCAGAGUUGUUACCUUGUCUGGGAGCCCCAGAUAGGCAAAUCAGGUCUACUGCUGGUACUGUCAUUAGUGCUUUUGUUCAGAUUGGUGGAGUUGCGGGAUGGCCUGAAUUGCUGCUCGCGCUUGUAAAGUGCUUAGAUAGUAAUGAUCCCAAUCACAUGGAAGGUGCUAUGGAUGCUCUGUCUAAGAUUUGUGAAGAUGUACCACAAUUGCUAGAUGCUGAUAUUUCUGGAUUAUCUGAACGACCUAUCAAUGUUUUUCUUCCAAGAUUUCUCCAGCUUUUCCAAUCACCACAGACUACACUACGAAAGCUUUCCUUAGGUGCGGUGAACCAAUUCAUCAUGCUCAUGCCUACGGUAUUGUAUAUGUCCAUGGAUAAAUAUCUGCAAGGUUUGUUUGUUCUUGCUAAUGAUCCUGCUCCAGAGGUGCGGAAGUUGGUGUGCUCAGCAUUUGUUCAACUUAUUGAAAUUCGUUCGGCUGUCUUGGAGCCACAUUUAAGGAAUGUAAUAGAAUAUAUGUUGCUAGUUAACAAGGAUUCUGACGAUGAAGUAGCUCUAGAAGCCUGUGAAUUCUGGUCUGCUUAUUGUGAAGCUGAUUUGCCCCCUGAGAACUUGAGAGAGUUCUUGCCACGUCUUAUUCCAGUAUUGCUGUCGAACAUGGCUUAUGCUGAUGAUGACGAAUCGCUUGUGGAUGCUGAGGUGGAUGGAUCUCUUCCAGAUAGAGAUCAGGUUCAGUUGUUAGACCUUUAUAAUAUCCUUCUGAUUUUAGUUUCCUUCAAAAUAUUUCUCAUUAGUAAUUGGGUUGGGCAGGAUCUGAAGCCUCGUUUUCAUUCAUCACGUUUUCAUGGGUCAGAGGAUGCAGAAGAUGAGGAUGAUGACAUUGUCAAUGUAUGGAAUUUACGGAAGUGCAGUGCUGCUGCUCUGGAUUUUCUAUCUAAUGUAUUCGGAGAUGAGAUUCUAUCCACUUUGAUGCCAAUUAUACAGGCUAAUUUGUCCACUACAGGCGAUGCAACUUGGAAAGACAGGGAAGCUGCAGUAUUAGCUCUUGGUGCCAUAGCUGAGGGUUGCAUUAACGGUCUCUAUCCUCAUUUGCCAGAGAUUAUCACGUUUCUCAUCCCACUUUUAGAUGACAAUUUUCCUCUGAUACGAAGCAUCUCUUGUUGGACCCUAUCCCGGUUCAGCAAAUAUAUUGUUCAGGGUAUUGAUCAUCAACAAGGCCGAGAGCAAUUCGACAAAGUUCUUGUUGGCCUUCUAAGAAGAAUAUUGGAUGACAACAAGCGGGUGCAAGAGGCUGCAUGUUCAGCUUUUGCAACACUUGAAGAGGAGGCUGCAGAAGAGUUAGCUCCACGAUUGGAUAUCAUUUUGCAACAUUUGAUGUGUGCCUUUGGAAAAUAUCAGAGACGAAACAUCAGGAUUGUAUAUGAUGCUAUUGGAACAUUAGCAGAUGCUGUUGGUGGGGAACUGAAUCAGCCCAAACAUCUUGAAAUCUUGAUGCCGCCACUGAUUGCAAAGUGGCAGCAACUUUCCAACUCGGACAAAGAUCUUUUCCCACUGCUAGAAUGCUUUACAUCAAUAGCACAGGCACUGGGUCCCGGAUUUUCACCGUUUGCCCAGCCAGUGUUUAAGAGAUGCAUAAACAUCAUCCAGACCCAACAAUUGGCAAAGGUUGAUCCUGUUUCGGCCGGUGCAAAGUAUGAUAAAGAGUUCAUUGUUUGUUCUUUGGAUCUUCUUUCUGGACUUGCUGAAGGUCUUGGUGCUGGGAUAGAGAGUUUGGUUUCACAAAGUAAUUUAAGGGACUUGCUUCUGCAAUGUUGCAUGGAUGAAAGUCAUGAUGUCCGCCAAAGUGCUUUCGCGUUGCUUGGCGACCUUGCUAGAGUCUGUCCUGUUCAUUUGCAUUCUCGUUUACCUGAAUUUCUUGAUGUUGCUGCCAAGCAAUUGAACACCACAAAACUGAAGGAAACUUUGUCUGUUGCCAACAAUGCAUGCUGGGCUAUUGGAGAACUAGCAAUAAAGGUUCAAAAGGAUAUGUCAUCAAUAGUGUUGACUGUAAUCUCAUACUUAGUCCCAAUACUUCAACGUCCUGAGGUGAUCAUUCACUUGGGGCUCAACAAAUCACUCAUAGAAAAUUGUGCCAUUACACUUGGAAGAAUUGCGUGGGUAUGUCCAGAGCUUGUUUCACCACACAUGGAGCAUUUCAUGCAGUCAUGGUGUCUUGCUUUGUCCAUGAUACGGGAUGAUGUCGAGAAGGAAGAUGCUUUCAGAGGUUUAUGUGCAAUGGUUAGAGCAAACCCAUCUGGAGCUCUGAGUUCACUUGUUUUCAUGUGCAAAGCUAUUGCUAGUUGGCAUGAAAUUAAGAGUGAAGACCUACACAAUGAAGUUUGCCAGGUGUUGCAUGGCUAUAAACAAAUGCUAAAGAACGGAGCAUGGGAACAAUGUAUGUCUACCUUGGAACCACCCGUGAAGGACAAGCUAUCGAAGUAUCAAGUAUAAUAUUCCUUCAGUAGUACAUGCUCUGUCGGGCAAGUGGCAUCUUCAAUGAAUGGCCUCUUCAGUAUUUGCAUCAUCAGCAUUUUUAUUGUUGUCAUUUGAGAUAGUUGUGAGGAGCCCACGUUUCACCUAGGAUCCUUUUUCGGUAGCGUUAGCACAUACAUUCUCAUUACAUCUUGAAGCUUUUCAUACCUUCUGUCCUGUCAACGGAUUGACUUGUGAAAUAGCAUUUUAUCGAAUACAAAGGAGAAGGCACGGCCCAAGAAUUCGAUUUGCUGUACAGGGGUGUGCUACUAAAAAUUUCAGAUUCUUUUCUCCUGGGCUGAACGUGGAAGAGAAGGAUAUUCUUCUUGUUCAGUAAGUUUGUUUCAUGUAUUUUGCCUUGUAUGAGUGACUCUUUUCAAAAAGAACUUUUAAGGUUCUGUGGGUAGGUUACAGUCCAAAAGUUUUGUUAGAAAAGGUGUCAAUAUUUGUUGGCUAGUCUCUUCCAGUUGAUAUCUGAACCCAUAUAUUGUAAUCUUUUUUGAAGGCAGAGCAAAAUUGAUGAUGUUGCAUAGGGUUCGAUUCUAUAGAAUAAUAAAUGUGCUGUUAGCCU